AUGAGCAGCAAUGGGAACGAGGGAGUGAAUGCGGCAAAGCGUGCAGCGGCUUAUGCAGCAGUCGAAGCCCAUGCGGGCGAGGGGAUGCGUGUAGGCGUAGGCUCUGGCUCGACGGUGGUGUUUGCGGCCGAGCGGCUGGGCCAGCUGGCCAAGGAGCACGGGUGGACAUCGGUGGUGUGCGUGCCAACCUCGUUCCAGUCACAGCAGCUGAUUGUGGAGGCUGGCCUGGUGCUCUCAGAUCUGAACCAGACGCCCGAGCUGGAUGUGGCUUUCGACGGCGCCGACGAGAUCGACGGCGAGCUCAACGCCAUCAAGGGCGGCGGGGCGGCCCACACCCAGGAGAAGCUAGUGGCGGCCAACGCCAAGACGCUCAUCCUGCUUGUGGACGAGUCGAAGGACACCGGGGCACUGGGGACCAAGUGGGCGGUGCCAAUCGAGGUCCUGCCGGGCGCGUGGGUUGUUGCCAAGGCUGCCCUGGUCAAAGCAGGCGCCACAAGCGUGGUGCUGCGGAUGGCCAAGGCCAAGGCCGGGCCGGUGGUGACAGACAACGGCAACUUUGUGCUCGAUGCUGCUUUUGGGGUCAUCGCUGCGGCCGACGUGGCCGGCCUUGAGGCGAAGAUCAACAACAUUCCGGGCGUGGUCGACAACGGGCUCUUUGCCGGCCUUGCCAGCGAGGUCUUUAUCGGGCGGAGCGACGGGAGCUUUGAGGUCCGUCGGCGCGAGUGACAGCGGUAGAUGCGGGAUAAAGCAGGGGUUGACUCACA